AUGUCUGCUGAUUCUCAAAUGCUAUCCUGUUCACGUCCGCUAGCCGAUAUGCGUGUUGAACAAAGUUAUCAUUUGGAUCAAUUACGAUCGAAAUUAACUGGUCUUGACAUGCGUGAUUUAGUUCCACAGUUGGUUGCACGACAAGUCUUACGCUCACAAGAAAUGAGCGCAGUUUAUUCCGAGGAAAAGCGUGAAGAUCAAGUUGAUAAGCUAAUUGAAAUACUCAAAACGAAGAAUCAUUGGCUUGGACCAUUAAUCGAUGCAUUGAUAAGAAGUGGACAAGCUACAUUAGCGAAGGAAUUAUUGGCGACAAGCCGUACAAAAAUCAACUAA